UGAAGCUUUGUAAGUGGUGAAGGUCUGGUCCGUCACUCACCUGUUCCCCCAUUCAGAUACUGGUCGCCCGUAAAACAAGCAGGAUUAUCAAUCACUCGCGCUAUUGUGCAGGAUACGGAGGGAAACUUAGCCCCUAUGCGAAGAUUCAGUGAAGCGAACGACCGAAUAUAGGCCACACCUGCAUUUGAUUGAAGAAUAAGCAGAUAGAAAACAUUCACCAAGAUGGCGCUGGCACUGAAGAUCCACAUUGUGGAGCAAAAUGUAACAAAAAUGAUGCAGUUUGAUCCCUCCACAAUGGUGUUUGAUGCUUGUCGGAUCAUCAGAGAGAAAAUUACAGAAGCUAAUUUAGGCCAAGCUAAAGAUUAUGGGCUGUUUCUGGCGGGUGAGGAAGGCUCAGGAGUGUGGCUGGAGUCAGGGAGGAGUCUCAGCUACUACCUCCUUCGAAGCCAGGAUAUGGUUGAGUAUAGGCGUAAAGUGCGCACUCUGAAGGUGCGCAUGUUAGAUGGAACCAUAAAGACCUUGAUGGUGGAUGACUCACAACCAGUUUCACAGCUCAUGGUUGUCAUCUGUACCAAGAUUGGAAUAAUGAAUCACGAUGAGUACUCUUUAGUUCAUGAAGUGGAACAGGAAGAGAUAGAGAAUAAGCCAAAUUUUGGAACACUCACCCUAAAGAGGAAGAAGGAUGGAGACAAAGAACGAGAUGCCAAGAUGGAACAGCUCAAGAAGAAGCUACGCACAGAUGAUGAAUUGAACUGGGUUGAUCAUAGCAAGACACUUAGGGAACAAGGUAUUGAUGAGACAGAAAUCCUCCUUUUGAGAAGAAAGUACUUCUUCUCUGAUCAAAACAUUGACUCAAGAGAUCCCGUCCAGCUUGGUCUUCUCUAUGUACAAUGCCGAGAUGCCAUCCUAGAUGGGACUCACCCAGUGACACUCGAGAGAGCUUGCAGUUUUGCAGGAAUUCAGUGCCAGAUUCAGUUUGGUGACCACGUCGAAUCCAAGCACAAACCUGGAUUUUUAGACCUGAAGGAAUUCUUGCCUCAGAGUUAUGUUAAGACAAAGGGCAUUGAGAAAAAGAUUUUCCAAGAACACAAAACACAUGCUGGCAAGAAUGAGCUAGAUGCCAAGGUCACAUAUGUGGGUUUAGCUCGCUCACUGAAAACAUAUGGUGUGACCUUCUUCUUGGUAAAGGAGAAAAUGAAAAGUAGGAACAAAUUGGUACCACGACUUCUUGGAGUGACCAAAGAUUCAGUGUUGCGUCUGGAUGAGAAGACCAAGGAAAUCCUCAAGACAUGGCCUCUGACUACUGUGCGCCGAUGGGCAGCAUCUCCAAACACGUUUACAUUGGAUUUUGGUGACUACUCAGACCAGUAUUAUUCAGUACAGACUACAGAGGGUGAACAGAUUUCUCAGUUGAUUGCUGGUUACAUUGACAUCAUCUUGAAGAAGCAAAGAGCAAAAGAUCACAUUGGCAUUGAGGGUGAUGAUGGGUCUGCAAUGGUGGAAGAUACUGUCUCUCCUAUUAAGGCCAGCAUCAUCCAACAUGGAGACACUGAGGUGCACCAUGCAGAGAGGGAGUCCGUGUCCAAACCAGCUGUCAUGAGACCAGGAGUGAAUGGCGCGCAGAGUUUCGGCACAGGAUCCAUGCCAGGAGUGCAGUCUGUGGCCAUUGUAGGGAAGAUCAAUCUUGCUCACCAGCCCCCUACGGCUAAACAUCCACAAGUGACCAGUGUCCUGAGCAAACCACAAAAGGCUCUUGUCUCAACCAUUGAAACUGGUCAUGUUAUUAUUGAAGAAUGUGCAGAAAGUCUGGAAACCAAGGCUGAGCUUCCUGAGCUGGGUACUGACCCAGCCUCCAUCAAGUGGAAGCAAGUAACCCUUGAUUCCAACAAGCAGACUGUCACCAGCCAGAUUGCUGCCAUGAAUGCUGCCACAGCUGAAGUUGUAACCCUGACUUCUUCUGUGCACGAAGAAGUGGAUCAUACUGCUGUGGGAGCUGCCAUUCACACCAUUACUUCCAACCUGCCAGAGAUGACAAAGGGUGUGCGCAUGAUUGCUGCCUUGCUGGAGACCGAUAAUGAGUCCAACAAUCUACUCGGUGCAGCCAAAGUACUUUGCCAUGCCUUCUCUGAUCUGCUCACGGCUGCUGAACCUGAGAAGAAAGAACCUCGUCAAGGUCUGCUUACUGCUGCAUCACGAGUUGGUGAGGCAUCAACUGCUGUUCUCCACACUGUUGAUGGUAAUCUUGACCAUGAAACUCAAGACAUUUUGCUGGGGUUGGCCAAGGCUGUGGCAAAUACUACUGCAGCUCUCAUUCUAAAGGCCAAGGCAGUUGCAUCUCGUUGUGAAGACCAGGAGCUACAGAAUGUUGUCAUAAAUUCAGCCACAGCAUGUGCUCUGGCAACUUCCCAGCUUGUAGCUUGUGCAAAGGUUGUUGCCCCUACAAUUGACAGCCCAGCUUGCCAAAGCCAGCUGAUUGAGGCAGCCAAGGAGGUAGGCCGUGCUGUUGAAGGCAUGGUACAAGUAUGUCAGCGGGCCACCCAAGAUGAGGCACUUCUUAGGGACCUUUCUCAGGCUGCAGGUGAAGUCACUCGUGCCCUGAAUGAUCUUCUCAAUCACAUCAAGACGGCUGGUGAACAGAAAGGAAGACUCAGUGUCCAUGAUGAAGCAGUUGAAACCAUUCUUGUAUCAAGUGAGAAAUUGUUUGCUUCACAGGGAAAUGCAUCAGAAAUGGUCAGGCAAGCAAAGAUAUUAGCUCAGGCAACCUCGCACUUGAUCCAGUCCAUUAAGUUUGAAGCUGAAAGCCAGACAGAUACUGAUUUACAGAAUAGAUUGUUGGCUGCAGCCAAGCAACUUGCAGAUGCAACAGCUAAGAUGGUAGAGUCAGCUAAGCAGUGUGCUUCAAAUCCUAAUGAUGAGAAGAGACAGUUAGAACUUAGACAGGCUGCUGAGAAUGUAAGAAUUGCUACCAAUGCAGCAGCUAGUAAUGCUUUAAAGAAGAAGAUCAUCAAACGUUUGGAGAAUGCAGCAAAGCAUGCAGCUGCAACAGGAACUCAGUGCAUGGCUGCUGCACAGGGUGCUGGACCACACAACACCAGUCCAGGUACACAGGAUGAGCUGAUAUCUGACUGUAAGGCAGUAGCCGAUGUGAUUCCACGACUUGUCGAGGGUGUUAAAGGAACAAUCAAUAACUCAGAUUCUCCUCGUGCUCAGUUAGCACUUAUUAACUCUUGCAAUCAGUUCCUACAACCAGGCACAAAGAUGGUUGCUUCAGUAAAGGCCGCCUUACCUACAGUGUCAGACCAAGCUUCAGCCCUUCAACUUAACAAUUCCUCCAAACAGUUUGGUCAGGCUUUAGUAGAUCUUAGAUCUGCUAUUGGAAAGGCACAGGAGGCUUGUGGAUCACUGGAAAUUGACUCUGCUUUGGAUGCUAUUCAGGGUCUGAAAGAUGAUCUCAGCGACUUGAAGGAAGCUGCUGACAAAGGCACUCUUCGUCCCCUGCCAGGUGAAACACAAGAGAGUGCCGCUCAACAUCUUACAAACUCCAGCAAAACUGUGGGCUCUACCAUGGCUCAGCUCCUGACUUCCUCAGCCCAAGGCAACCAGCACUUCAUAGGCCUAGCAUCACGGGAUACUGCACUUGCUCUGAAGGAGUUUUCGUCUGCUGUUCGUGGUGUGGUGGCUACAUCAACAGACCAUGGCUUGCGUGACCGUCUAAUUCAUGCUGCUCGUGAGGUCAUGAUCAAAUCAUCAGAACUGAUAGAAGAAGCACGUAUAGUGGUACAAGGUCCACAGGAUGUUGCAUCUCAGCAAAAGCUUGCCCAGGUGGCAAAGGGUGUCUCACAGGCUCUCAACAAGACCUUCAAUCUUUUACCAGGCCAAAAGGAUGUGGAUGAUGCUAUUUUGACUAUUACAGAUUCAACCAAUGACUUAGAUGCUGGUAGGUUCCCACCCACCACAAAACCAUAUGGUGAACUGCAGUCAGAACUCAGCAAUGCUGCUGCUGAACUUAACACUGUCACAACUGAGGUGGUUUCUUCAGCUCGUAUCUCAACACAGCACCUGGCCACAUCAUCAAAGAAAUUCUCAACUGCAUUUGGUAGUCUGAUGGGAGUAGGCAUGGAAAUGGCUGGUACUACCAAAGACCAAGAAGUUCAGGGGCAGAUGGUUGUCAGCCUUAAGAGUGUUUCAAUGUCAUCAUCCAAGCUAUUGGUAUCUGCUAAAGCUGUUGCGGCUGAUCCCAAUGCUCCUAAUGCAAAGAAUCAACUCGCAAGUGCUGCUCGGGCUGUAACAGAUUCAAUUAACAACCUUAUCAAUGUGUGCACUUCAGCUGCACCAGGGCAGAAAGAAUGCGAUAAUGCUGUACGUGCCAUCCAGUCCAUGAGGCCUCUUCUGGAUCAUCCUUCAGAACCAGUUACAGAUGCUUCAUACUUUGAGUGUCUGGACACAGUCAUGGACCGCUCUAAGAGUCUUGGAGAUGCCAUGACUGGCAUUGCUAAUCAUGCCAAAAAGCUGGAACAUGAUAGAUUUGGCAGUGCUGUUAAAGAAGUAAGUGGAGCCAUCUGUGGUCUGGUAGAAAGCGCUGCUCAAGCUGCCUAUCUUGUUGGUGUGUCAGACCCAACAAGUGUUGCAGGACGCCCAGGAUUGGUCGAUCAGUCCCAGUUUGCUCGAGCCUAUGAGGCAAUUAUCACAGCAUGUGAAACACUUUCCAACCCCAACAGUAACCAACAAGAGGUUCUGAGUGCAGCAACCAUCAUUGCCAAGCAUACAAGUGCAUUAUGCAACAGUUGCCGUGUAGCAUCUGCGAAGACAAACAACCCAGUUGCGAAGAGGCACUUUGUACAGUCUGCCAAAGAUGUGGCAAAUGCAACAGCUCAUCUAGUGAAAGAAAUAAAAACACUGGAUCAGGACUACAGCGAUGAGAACAGGGCUCGAUGCAGUGCAGCCACCAAACCCUUGCUGGAAGCCGUAGAGAACCUGUGCACUUUUGCAAACUCACCAGAUUUUGCAUCAGUACCAGCUAAGAUUUCUAGCAAAGCUCGUGAAUCACAAGAGCCAAUUACAUCAGCAGGAAGAGCUAUCAUCAGUGGAUCAUGUUCCAUGAUAGAAUCAGCCAAGAGUCUUGCUGUCAACCCAAAAGACCCACCAACCUGGCAGUCACUUGCUAGUCAUAGCAAGAAUGUAUCUGACAGUAUAAAGAAGCUUGUGUCAUCAAUAAGAGACAAAGCCCCUGGACAGAAGGAGUGUGAUGAAGCUAUUGAUAAACUUAACAUGAACAUAAGGGACUUGGAUCAAGCAUCAUUACGUGUGUUGGACCAGAACCUUCAGCAACAGACUGAAAAUUCCUUGCAGGGCUUCAAUGAACAAGUCGAGAAUGCUGGACAAGCUCUUCUAAACAAUAUUGAUAAGGUUCGUUCAGCUGCCAAGAGUGAAGCAGAGAAGCUUAGCCAUUCCAUCACCCAGAUGUCAAGCUACUUUGACCCAAUGGUCACAGCUGCUAUUGGCUCUGCAUCAAACAUGCUCAACAACAAACAGCAAAUGUGUCUACUGGAUCAGACAAAGGCUGUUGCUGAGUAUGCUUUGCAACUUGUUUAUGUAUCCAAGGAGGCUGGUGGUAAUCCCAAGGCAGUCCAUGAUCAUCCAGAUGUGGAUGAUGCAGCAGAUACUAUGAAGGAGACACUUCAGGAGCUACUGUCAACUGUAGAAACAAUAGCCACAGAAGCUGGGGUUGUCUCAGGAUUGGUAGAGUCAAUCACCACAGCUAUGCACAGACUUGAGGAUAAUGCUGUUGCUGUCUGUGAUGACAGUGAGAGUUUUGUUGACUACCAGACACGCAUGGUCACAGCUGCCAAAGAGAUUGCAAGAUUGGCCCAGGAUAUGGUUGGAAAGGCAGCCUCAGAUGCUAGUCAGCUGGGUAAUCUUGGAGCUAGUGUGUCACAUCAGUACAGCUCCUUGUCCUCAGACUCUGCAGGGGCCAUCCGUCAAACUUCAAAUGCAGAAAUUGCUACUCGUCUGCGAAGCAGUGUGCAUGAGUUAGGACAGGCAUGUAUUGACUUGGUGAAGUCUGGAGGGUCAUGCCAGGCUGCCCCACGUGAUACAUUCUGCCAACGUGACCUUGCUGAAUCUGCUCGCCAUGUUGGGGAGAAGGCUUCUCAUGUUAUGGCUGCACUUCAAGCUGGCUCUCAAGGCACCCAGGCUUGUAUCAAUGCUGCUUCUACAGUCUCUGGUAUCAUUGGUGACCUUGAUACAACCAUCAUGUUUGCAACAGCUGGUACUCUCAAUGCUGAAAAGGAAGGUGAAAAUUUCUCAGACCACAGGGAAUAUAUUCUCAAGACUGCUAAGGCUCUCGUGGAAGAUACAAAGACACUUGUGGCAGGAGCAGCAUCCUCACAAGAACAGCUGGCUGUUGCUGCACAAAAUGCUGUAACUACAAUUGUGCAGUUGUCUGAUGUUGUGAAGAGUGGAGCUUCCUCUCUUGGAGCAAAUAAUCCAGAAGCUCAGGUGAUGCUGAUCAAUGCAGUGAAGGAUGUGGCCAUGGCCCUGGGUGACCUGAUCCAUGCCACAAAGGCAGCAUCUGGCAAGUCCCUUAAUGAUCCUGCCAUGACCACACUAAAGGAAUCAGCAAAGGGUUGGUCUGACUACUAUGAGUCGGAUCGAGAGUGGCUCAUGUCGGAUCAGGAGGAGGAGUUGAUCCGUCUGCUCUCCGUUGAACACAUCCCCGACAAUCAUCAUCUGACCAGUGAUAUUUUGAUUGAGUCCACUUAACAUUGAAAGGACUCUUAGAUAUGUCACCUUUUGUUUACCUCUGUAUUCUUCAUCAUCUUUUCUUUUCUUUUUCUCUUGUUAUGGACAAAUUUGAAUAUCCACUGUACCCUUUAGAUAGGCUCAAUUGCUAGAAGAGAAUCAAAAAAGAAAAUAACACCUUUAUGAAAAUGAAGUGAUAUAAAAGAAUAUACUGAAACUUAACCUUGAAACCUAAGAUUUUGGUCUAAGAAUAAUCCCUUGGCAUAUUCAGACAAAUUUUGGCCAUUUUCUUUUGCCUUUUGUAUGUUUUUUAUUGGUAUAUUUAUUGUAGAUGUUUAUGAAUAUUAGAAAUUUAUAUCAUGAUCCUCCAAUUCUAACAAAAGAGUGAGUUAUAUUUUUCACAAUAGCAGUUUUGAUUGCCAAGGAAAUCAGAUUGGUUAGUAAUCCUUUUGUUGCUCUCAGAGGAUAAUAAUAGAGCAGUGCAAGGAAUGUUCUGUGGAUUGGGCA